CGAUUUUCGUACCCUGACAUUUCGUAUCUUCCGAUUUUUGGUCAUUUCGUACCCGUUGGACAGUCAUUUCAUAAUCUACCUAUAGUCAUUCCUGUUUUGUAUGUUAUCUGGUUUAGGUAAACAACUAACUCCAGUUAGAAGACAACAUUUUAUUAGUUCUUAACAGCAUGGAUGCUACAAGCAGAGUGAAUACAUGUAUGAAUGGUCAAGUGUAUUCUGAGCAGAGAGACUGCUAUUGGCUAGUGGGCGAUACACCUUUACUACAGUAAACAACUAACUCCAGUUAGAAGACAACAUUUUAUUAGUUCUUAACAGCAUGGAUGCUACAAGCAGAGUGAAUACAUGUAUGAAUGGUCAAGUGUAUUCUGAGCAGAGAGACUGCUAUUGGCUAGUGGGCGAUACACCUUUACUACAGUGGGAUACGAAAUGACUACACAAAGGGUACGAAAUGACCAAAAAUCGGAGGGUACGAAAUAGUCAGGGUACGAAAUGACUAGUUCCCAAAGUAGGAACUAUACAGUAGCCAGUCCAUGAAUAUGCACAUAAAGCAGUUUCACAAAGAAACAGUACAAUAUCAUGCAUUACAAGGAAUAUGCGAUCAAGCCCACCUGAUGCAAAACUGCCAAAAGCCAAAUCAAACAAGACCUUUACAUUUUUUUUGGAGAUGCCAGUAGCGAUAAAGUGAAUGUAUUGUUUGUGGUAGUAGAUGACCUUCGCCCAGCCUUGGGCACCUAUGGGGAUAGGUUCAUGACCACACCAAACAUCGACAACCUGGCCAGACAGGCGGUGCUGUUUGAACAUGCAUUUGUACAGCAAGCUCUCUGUGGUCCCAGCAGGGUGUCCUUCCUUACAAGUCGACGCCCUGACACUACACGACUGUAUGACUUCUAUUCAUACUGGCGCCAGGCAGCAGGUAAUUUUACCACUCUCCCUCAACACUUCAAGGACAACGGCUACACCACUCUCUCUGUUGGCAAGGUGUUUCAUCCUGGGAAGAGCAGUAACUUCACAGAUGACUAUCCCUACAGCUGGUCCCAGCCUGCCUACCACCCUUCCACGGAGAAAUACAAGAUGGCUAAGGUUUGCCCGGAUGUUGAUGGUAGUCUCCACAUGAACCUGGUGUGUCCAGUGCGUGUGUCGGACAUGCCUGAGGGGACCCUGCCGGACAUACAGAGCACUGAUAAAGCCAUCCAGUUGCUACAACACAGGGACAGGGGCCGACCGUUCUUCCUAGCUGUAGGAUACCACAAGCCCCAUAUACCGCUAAAAUACCCAAGGGAAUACCUAGAUCUGUAUCCCUUGGUCAAGGUGCCUAAGGUCUCCAACCCAAUUCAUCCAGAAUAUCUUCCUGACGUGGCCUGGAACCCCUGGACCGAUAUCCGCGAACGUGAUGACGUCAAGAAUCUCAAUCUCAGUUUCCCCUAUGGCCCUGUCCCCACGAACUUCAGUCAGCUGAUCCGACAGAGUUACUUUGCUGCUACGUCGUACAUGGAUGCCCAGCUGGGGAGGCUGUUGUCCACGCUGGAUUCAGAGGGACUAGCUAACAACACUAUUGUGCUGUUUGUUGGGGAUCAUGGCUGGUCACUAGGAGAGCACCAGGAGUGGAGCAAGUACAGCAACUAUGAGGUGGCGACACAGGUACCCCUGCUGGUCUACGUCCCUGGGGUCACCAGCCGAGCCCUGGGAGAGGAGCCUAUUUUCCCCUUCGUGGAUUUACUUCAACAUAGGAAGGGCUGGAUGGGGAAAACCACAAGCAAGAAGAGAAAAGUGGUAUCAUUUCAGUUUAAAAAUAACUUGGAUGUGCCAAGAUCAGUAGUGACUACCGAAAUGGAUAAUGGAAAAGCAUCGAACAAUUCAGGGAAGACCCAAGAGUUGAAAUAUGAUGGAGGUAGUAUUACUCUGACUACUCAUGAAAGGGAAAGAAUCUCGAAACAGUUGAGGGUGAGUGAAUUGGUGGAAUUGGUGGACAUAUUUCCAACACUUGCUGAUCUGGCAGGCCUGAAAGUUCCUCCAAGAUGUUCAGAGCCCUCCAAUAACAUUACCCUAUGUACUGAGGGGUCAAGUAUGGCACCAUUGAUAUACAGGGCAAGCCAGGUGAGGCAAAGAUCUAUGAAUUUUGGUGACACAUAUGGAAUAGCUAAAGAAAAUAUUUUGUUCUUUAAAAGAAGGAGAACAAAAAAUGGUCAAUCAAGUAACAGGAUUAGAAAGCACAAGAAAUUACAUACUAGCGAUCGUGCACAAGCUUUACAGUGGAAAAGUGCUGUGUUUAGUCAGUAUCCAAGACCUUCAGACGUGCUUAAAGAAGACAGUGAUAAACCUAGACUGAAGAAUAUUAAAAUAAUGGGCUACACCAUGAGAACUAAAGAAUUCCAUUAUACUGAGUGGGUGGGAUUUAACCAUAGCACUUUCAAGAUGAACUGGGAAGAUUUACGUGCUACAGAGCUGUAUUUAAGAGACAAAGAUCCGUUUGAAAACAAAAAUGUUGCCGGUUUUAAACAAUAUGCAAAUUUGAUUAAGAGAUUGUCAGUAAAAUUACAUCUUGGCUGGCGAUAUGCAUGAUGCACAUUAUCUUUUAAUUGUGAUAUAUGUAUUAUUUAAAUGUACCAAAAUACAUAAAUUUCUUGUCCAUACUAAACUGCUCUUGUAUACUGACAGUUUAUAAUGGAUUUGUCUGUUUUGGGGAAGAAAGAAUUAUGUAUUUACAAAGCCUUGUUGUCCUUUUUACCAGGGUCAGUCUUCAUAAAGCAUCUUAAGUCAUUUCCUAACUCAAGUCAUUUCUUAAGUAUCUCACUUAUCAUCAUAUUGAAUAAGCACUUUAUGAUAUCUAAAAAAACUAAUUUCGUUGAUUUAAUAAAAAAAAACUUGUGUAAAAAAAAUUCUUAUACUUUUCAUUUGAUUUGACUUCUAAUAUUUUAAGGAAUUUGACUUAGUAAAGAAAUGACUUAAGAUGUUUUAUGAACACCGCCCAAGAUUUUAACUAGAAAAAAACUUUAACGCAUAAUUCAAAUGUUUUUCAAACUAUUCUGAUGAAAUUUGAGUUAUUUCCCUUUUAUUACUGUGAAUAAGAAGUAAAUGUCUGUUCCUGUUUAUGAAGCACUUGUUUUUGUGGUAUUAUACUUUACUGCAGAAGUGAUAAAUAGGCACAAACUCAU